GACCACGCCCUACGCUCCACACAGUAAAGCAGUCUCACCUUCAACCAGCCUGACCGACUGUGCCGCCAUCUAUCUGACAACGACACAUCUGAGAAAAACAUCCGUGACUACGUCCAUCUUUCAAGAUUUAGCCAGAGGAGGAAUUUAGAAAAACAUCUCUAUUUUCUUACAAGGAUGUAACCCAUUGCGAUUUUAAUUAGAAUUUACAUGGCCUAUUUUUGCUGCGACAUGAUCGAAGCAUCACUUUUGGCCUCUAAAUUGUAGUUUAUCUGUUGUCAACUGUCAAGCGUUACCUCUGAGUUGAAAUAUUGUUCUACCUUUAAGACAUACGUUUAAGGACGUUUCUGGUUGCAUUUUAGCAGAUCGUUCAUUCAUUAUUUUACGAUCGACGGGCUGCAAAUUGCUUUAAUCUGAUUCUCGAUUAGUUUAUUCCAACCCCAUCCAUUGAAUUUGCGCAAUGGCCGAUGUAACCUCAGAAUGUAAUAUCAAAGUUUUGUGUCGUUUUCGCCCCCUGAAUCAAUCGGAGAUUCUGCGUGGGGAUCAAUUUAUCCCUACAUUUCAAGGAGAUGACAGUGUGAACGUUGGGGGGAGGUCCUAUGUGUUCGACCGGGUUUUCCCCACCAACACCACUCAGGAGCAGGUCUACAAUGCCUGUGCUAAGCAAAUUGUCAAGGAUGUGCUGGGCGGAUACAAUGGCACUAUUUUUGCAUAUGGACAGACUGCCUCUGGGAAGACUCACACCAUGGAGGGAAAACUGCAUGACCCCAAUCAGAUGGGCAUCAUCCCCAGGAUUGCAGAGGACAUCUUCAACCAUAUUUUUGGCAUGGAUGAGAACCUGGAGUUCCACAUCAAGGUUUCAUAUUUUGAAGUCUAUAUGGACAAAAUUCGUGAUCUCCUGGAUGUGACCAAGACUAACCUGGCUGUUCAUGAGGAUAAGAACAAGAUCCCAUAUGUAAAGGGUUGCACUGAGCGCUUUGUGUCCAGCCCUGAUGAGGUCAUGGAUGUCAUUGACGAGGGGAAAAACAACCGCCAUGUUGCCGUGACCAACAUGAAUGAGCACAGCUCUCGCAGUCACAGCAUCUUCCUGAUCAACAUCAAGCAAGAGCAUACGGAGACAGAGCAGAAGCUGUGUGGGAAACUCUAUCUGGUGGACUUGGCUGGUAGUGAGAAGGUCAGCAAAACCGGUGCUGCGGGCGCCGUCCUUGAUGAGGCCAAAAACAUCAAUAAGUCUCUGUCCGCUCUGGGCAACGUGAUAUCUGCUCUGGCUGAAGGGACGAAAACUCACGUUCCGUACCGUGACAGCAAGAUGACCCGUAUCCUGCAGGACUCUCUGGGGGGAAACUGUAGGACCACCAUGUUCAUCUGCUGCUCCCCCUCCAGCUACAACGAUGCCGAAACCAAAUCCACCCUGAUGUUCGGACAACGUGCUAAGACCAUCAGGAACACGGCGUCCGUCAACCUGGAGCUGACGGCCGAUCAGUGGAAGAGGAAGUACGAGAAGGAGAAGGAGAAGAACAAGACCAUGAAGGAGACCACCCAGAGGCUGGAGGCUGAGCUCAACCGCUGGAGGAACGGGGAGAACGUUCCUGAGACGGAGAGGACCACUGCUGACGUGGUGCGUCUGGAGUCGGUGGAGGAGCGGAGCCCUGUGUUGAUCCUGGACAACGACACCUCCUCCAUCGUGGUGCGUAUCUCUGAGGAGGAGCGUCAGAAAUACGAGGAGGAGAUCCGCAAGCUCUACAAGCAGUUGGAUGACAAGGAUGAUGAGAUCAAUCUGCAGUGUCAGUUGGUUGAGAAACUGAAGGAGCAGAUGCUGGAUCAGGAUGAGCUGCUGGCAUCUUCUCGUGGGGAUGGGGACAAGGUGCAGGCAGAGCUGGGUCGUCUGCAGGUGGAGAGCAGCUGUGCCAAGACAGAGGUGAAGGAGGUGUUGCAGGCCCUGGAGGAGCUGGCCAUCAACUAUGACCAGAAGAGCCAGGAGGUGGAGGAGAAGGGCCUGCAGAACCAGCUGCUGGCCGACCAGUUGGCCCAGAAGAUGGCCAGUCUGAUGGAGCUGGAGGCGGAGCUAUCUCACAUGCAGGAAGUGAGUGGUCAGCAGAGGAAGCGCAUCGCUGACGUCCUCAACGGCCUGAUGAGGGACCUAAGUGAGUUCAGCACCAUCGUGGGCAACGGGGAGAUCAAGCUGCCGGUGGAGAUCAGCGGGGCGAUCGAGGAGGAGUUCACGGUGGCCCGUCUCUACAUCAGUAAGAUCAAGUCGGAGGUCAAGUCCAUGGUGAAGCGCUGUCGCCAGCUGGAGAACCUGCAGCUGGAGUGUCAUCGCAAGAUGGAGGAGACGGGCCGCGAGCUCUCCUCCUGCCAGCUCCUCAUCUCACAGCCAGAGCUAAAUGAGCUUGAGGAUAAGCUGGAGGACACCACCCUCAGUUCUGGGCACUUUAACCUCCCACGCUACAGGACCCAGCCAGGCUACAGGACCCAGGUAACACACCUGUACACACCCUCCCACCCUCACUUCAGCCAGGCUCAGGACUCAGGUAACACACCUGUACACACCUCCACCCCUCACAUCAGCCAGGCUAUCAGGACCCAGCCAGGCUUCAGGACUCAGCUAACACACCUGUACAUCAUCCACCCUCACAUCAGCCAGGCUGGACUGCCAGGCUAUCAGGCUCAGAACCCAGGUAACACACCUGUACACACCUCCACCCUCACUUCAGCCAGGCUAUGGACCCAGGUAACACACCUGUACACACUCCACCUCACCUUCAGCCAGGCUGCCCAGGUAACACACCUGUACACCCUCCACCCUCACUUCAGCCAGGCUCACGACCCAGCCAGGUGGCAAUCGACUCUGCAGGUAACACACCUGUACACAUCAUCUCCACCCUCACUUCAGCCAGGCUCAGGGACCCAGCCAGGCUACUGGACUCCAGGUAACCCUCACAGCCAGGCUCAGAACCAGAUCUCUUUCUAUGUUACAGAUAACUCUCUGCUUGAAGAGAAGGAUGGAGAGAAGGGUGAGACCGAGGAGGGUAACGUCAAGAAGGUUCCUCGGCAGCAGGGGGAGGAGUCUCACCGUGGUCUGCACCACAUGCAGAUGGCCCGUCUCCGGGAUGAGAUCAACGAGAAGCAGAGGAUCAUCGAUGACCUCACUGAUCAUAACCAGAAGCUGCAGAUUGAGUUGGCUCAGGUGCUUGCCGACUUUGACCGUCUGAAGAGCGUGGACAGCAGCAAGAGCGAGCGGCUGGAGGAGCUGUCAUUUCUACAUGAGCGCCAUGAGCAGACCAAGCAGGAUCUCAAAGGGCUGGAGGAGACUGUCGCCCGGGAGCUCCAGACCCUCCACAACCUGCGCAAGCUGUUCGUUCAAGACCUCACGUCGCGGGUUAAAAAAAGUACCGAAAUGGAACCUGAUGAUAGUGGGGGGUCUUGCACCCAGAAACAGAAGAUUUCCUUUCUUGAGAAUAACCUGGACCAGCUUACAAAGGUUCACAAACAGCUGGUUCGUGACAAUGCAGAUCUGCGCUGUGAGCUUCCAAAGUUGGAGAAACGUCUUCGGUCUACUGCUGAGAGAGUUAAGGCCCUGGAGACGGCACUGAGGGACGCCAAGGAGGGAGCCAUGAUCGACAGGCGUCGCUACCAGCAGGAAGUGGACCGCAUCAAAGACGCCAUGAGAACCAAGAACACUCUGAGACGCCCCCAUGCAGCACAGAUCGCCAAACCAGUGCGCCCGAAGCAGCUGCCAGUGUGCUCUUCUACCAACCCGUUCUACACACAUGUCAGUGAGCCGGCCAACACCUACUGUAAUGCCCUGUUCCAGAGUGGCAUCACAGAACAGACCACCGUACCUAACUCUCAGCUCAGCUCCGUCCAGACAAACAUCAGAGUGUCCACAGGACUGGGCAACAGAGCAGUCAACCCCACAGACAUGGGCAACAGAGCAGUCAACCCCACAGACAUGCUCGAGUCUUACCCACUCAACAUAGACAGGGAUAACGGAAACACCGUAGACAUCAAUGACAACAGGAGUGAUGGGCACUGUGGCAGUGAGGUGGAGGACCCAGGCAGACUGUACAUCAUUCAGCAGGAGACUGCUGCAAGUUAAUGCCAUGAUGACCAAAUACUGUAUUCAGGACCGCUCCCAUAUAUUUGCAUGCAGCCGUCUAGCUUCCCUCCCCCUGUACCCAUACCUGGCCACGGAUUCUCCCCUGUAGUCCCAAGCUCAGCCCCAUGCUCCCAAUGGCGACCACCCUCACACUCCUGUGAUUAGAACACAUCGUAAUGUAUACUCCUGUAGAGGUAUUGACCAGCACUGUUUCUGUGUAUGUACAGUUCCACUUUACUCGACAGUGGCAUCAUAAUGCUGACCUAUAGCACCGUCAUAACCAUGCCCUGGCGCCUCUCCUAUAAGACGUUAUGCCAGCCUACAACAAAGGAUCUCACUCUGCAUGUUGCCCAGCUAGCUGAGUAGCCAACUAAAUCUGUGCAUGUUUCAUGACAGUGUUACUCAAUUUGCUUUAAACUGUCAUGAAUCACCACAGUGGUAUUGACAGAUGUCAUGUAGAGUUUAUGAUGCUGUUGUAUUAGCUGUAUGAUGUCAUUGUCCAGUCAGUACUGAGGCAUGUGGAACUCAGCCAUGCCCUAUGCCCUUUAGAGUCUAACCCAGCCUUAAUAAUAAUGACAGCUGAUUUCACAUGAUCAUAACAUGCAGUCAUGUGUGUACAUAUAUAGAAGUACAGUAUCUGUGUAUUUACUACCUCUAGAUCUACUGAUACAACUUAUCAACUUAAAUCAUUAUUCCAACAUGUUGUUAUAUUAGUGGAUUGUAAAGGCAAUGAAGGGAGCUGUUAUGUCCUGUCAACUGAUUUGUUUGUACAAAGAUUCCUCCUCCUUAACAUCAUGAAGUAAGGUAUGAUGUUAUUGAUGAGAUAGUCACAUCUCUAUUUUAAAAUGGUACCCCUUCUACCUGCUCUGUGUAUUCUGUUAUGGGGCACAACAUCCUGCCAACUUUUCCCAACCCCUAUAAAAAACAACAUUAUUCAAUAUACCACAAAACACCUCCUGGACGUGUUUUUAAACUGCUCCCAACCGAGCUGCCACCAGUAUGGGGUUUGAAAGCAUUUUAUUUGAUUGUAACAGUGGCAUGAUAGUAAUGGCAGCUUACCAAUGUGAACUUUACAUGGUCCUGUGCUCUGCUGUGUUUUCUCAGUCAGAAUCCUGAUCAACCAAUCGGGACAGAGAAAACCAGCAGCUGCUGGAGCUGUGAUUGGGAGACCAAGGUCUUUUGACAAGUACUGUACAGUAGAGUUGGUUCACUAACUAGCCGGACUGUACAGUGUUUACUUCAGGUCUAUCUAACAGACACUAUGACCUAGAAUUUGGCCUACUAAUGACUGACACCUACAGCACCUCAGGAUCUCUGAUUGAUAACAGUGUGUUGUGGGGCCAGGGCCACUUAUAUCUUUCAAAUCCUUUUGGCUGCAUAAUUGCUAAUUACUGAAGAAAGUGAUGAGAUAAAGUAACAGUUUGAAAACCUCAUUAUCCCCUCCACUUGGAUAAAUUAAAGACUGAAUUAUUUCAAACCAGACCUGCCCCCAAAGAUUAUUUAGAUUCCCAUUUGAGGUCAUUUAUUGGAUGUAACAAGUUUGAGAAAUUGUACCAGAUAUUCGACUGUCUGACUUUAGCAUAUCUAAAAUAUGUGAUAAUAUUGUUAAACUUGUAAGCAUAUCAUUAUGUAGUAAAAUGAAAAAAUGACACAUAAUAUUACUUUGUUAGGGAACCAUAAUGUGUACUGUAUGUAUUUAUAUAUUUCUGUAGGCCUAUAUGCUCAUUGUGUGAUUCAUUGUGCGACAUGCAUAUUUUUGUAUAUACUCAUUAAAAUAUGUGAAUCAUUAUGUUGUAGUUGGCAGAAAUAAACCCUUACAGAAAUAAGUUCAUAGAUGAAAA